AUGUUAGAUAAUGGAAUUAUUGAACCUUCGAAUUCCCUUUCGGCUUCUCCUGUUGUUAUAGUUAAGAAAUCUGAUGGAUCUCCAAGAUUUUGCAUAGACUAUCGGCGUUUAAAUUUCAUUCCUCAAAAAGAUGUUUAUCCAUUACCUCGUAUCGAUGAUGUUAUUGAGCGUUUAAAUGGAUCUCAAAUAUUUUCUAAACUUGACUUACGUAAUGGGCACUUUCAAGUACCUUUAGUACCUGAGAAACGUGCUAAAACUGCAUUUACAACUCCUGAUGGUCUUUGGGAAUUUACCAGAUUACCUCAAGGAUUAAAAAAUUCACCAUCAGUUUUUCAACGAUUAAUGAACCAAACCCUUGGAUUAUUACGUUGGGAUAUAUGUCUCGCUUACUUGGAUGAUAUUAUCGUCUAUUCCCCUUCAUUUGAUCAACAUCUUUCAGACUAUAAAUGUGCAUUUUUUCAACAUGAAAUUUCAUUUCUUGGCCAUAAAAUUAAUGCUGAUGGUUGUUCAUCUAAUAAUGAUAAUAUUCGUUCUAUUAGUCAAUUUUCUUUACUACAAUCCCGUAAAGCUGCUCAUUCUUUUUUACAAAUGGUUGGCUUUUAUCGAAAAUUUAUUCCUCGUUUUUCUCAAAUAUCAGCACCACUCAAUAAAUUUACUUGGAAAGGUUUUCCAUUUAUAUGGACUGAAGCAGAACAGUUAUCAUUUGAUCAAUUAAAAGACGCUAUCAUCUCUCCUGCGGUUCUUAUUCUACCUGAUCCUUCACAACCAUAUGUUAUUCGUACAGAUGCUUCACGUGCUGGUAUAGGUGCUGUACUAUUACAAAAGCAACCUCCUGAUUAUAGAGAUAAAUCAACUACAUCAAUAUAUAAACCAGUUGCUUUUGCAUCACGAAGUUUAAAAGCAGCUGAAAAAAAAUAUUCUGCUAUUGAACUUGAAGCAUUAGCUAUUUGGUGGAGCGGUACUCAAAAAUUUCGAUCAUAUAUUGAAGGUCAACAAUUUUUUCUUGAAACUGAUCAUAAACCAUUAAUAUCAUUAAUGAAAAAACCUUGUCAUAAUGCUCGUAUUGAACAAUGGAUGACAACAUUACAACAAUAUGAUAUGAUUAUCCAACAUAUACCUGGAAAAGAUAAUACAACUGCUAAUGCUCUUUCCCGUUAUUCAGUUGAUCAACCUAGUGUUAAUGACGAAGAUGCACCUCGUCUUGUUACUUCUUCAACUCAAACUGAAGAUCUUUUCGUCAAGGUUGUUACAACUCGUUCAAUGACACGACAACAUCCACCUCCUAUUCUUUCAACAACAACUUCAUCAUCAUCUUCUCCUAGAACAACAACACUACCUAGGAUAUCCCGAUCUACUCCACCUGUUGCAUCUUCUUCUUCAUCUCUUAAUGACAUUAAUAUUUCAUUCGAUCACGAUACAUUAAAUCUACAUCAAAAUCAAGAUUCUACUAUCCAGGCAAUAACAAAUGUUUCACCAUUAAAUACUAAAUAUACACUUGAUGAUUAUAAUAUCCUUUAUAAAAUUAUUACUCGAAAGAAUGGUCAUGUUCUUCAAUUACCUUAUGUUCCUGCUUCUUUAACUUCUCAAGUAUUAUUAAUGUAUCAUAACUCGACAUUCAGUGGUGGCCAUUUCGAUAUCGAACGACAUAUUUUAUCGUGUAUUAAUUGUCGAAAGAAUAAACCUUCCCGUCGAAAAUCUGAUGGUCAUUUACAUCCAAUUGAACCAUCUCGUGGCGUUUGGGAACAUCUUGCUAUGGAUUAUGUUGGUCCUGUUUCUCAAUCAAAAUCCGGUAAUAAAUACUUUCCAGUACUGACCGAUUUAUUUUCGAAGUUCGUCAUCACCAAAGCCGUCCACGAUAAUACGUCAAUAACAGCUGUGAAAUUUUUAUUAUAUGAUGUCUUUAUGAUCUAUGGCGUUCCAUUUGAAAUUGUUACUGAUAAUGGUACACAUUUUUCUUCUUCGUUGUAUGAAUCCCUACUCAAGUUAACUCAAUGUUGUCAUGUUAAAACCACACCUUAUAACCCCAAAGCUAACGGUCAAUGCGAAAGACAUAAUGCAACUCUAGGACCUAAUUUAAUUGCAUUUUCCAAUCAAUCUCGAUCUAAUUGGGAUGAUAAAUUAGUCGCUACAACUUUUAAUUAUAAUGCUACUCGAUAUGAUUCUACUGGUUAUACUACAUUCAAAUUAAUGUUUGCUCGUCAACCUCGUUUUGUAGCUGAUUUAUCCUCAUCAUUUCCAUCAAGUUUUCAUACUGUUUCUCAUUAUCAUCAUACUAUGCAACAAUUUAUUGAAUAUACAAAAAUUGCUGCUCGACAAAACAAUCUUCACACACCCAACAAUCUUCUAAACAACGUUAUGAUCAAAACCGUUCGAAUCCUCGAUAUUCUGUUGGUUAAUCCGUCUUAG